UUCACUCCAUUUGUGGCAUUUUAGUGCUUUGUACAUAUUACACUUAAUACAUGCUGAGGGGAGGCUCUCAUAACUUGUUAUCACACUGGAGCUCAACCAGCAUCCCUCCCUCUCCCUCCCUCUCCCUCUCUCUCUCUCUCUCUCCAUCACUCUAUCUUUCUCUCACUUUAUGCUCCCUCCCUCAGAGGAACACACAGUCCCACUGGCAUCCAGCCGUCUGCAUGCUGCUUCAUUUCUCCACACACCAGCUCUGGGUGAAAACCUAGAAGGGGUGUUGGAGAAAUUGAAAGGCAUCCAGAGAGGGUCGGCCCAAAAAACAAAAAAAACUGAGAAUUCACAGAAUGGGAAAAUCCGAGAGUCAAAUGGAUAUAAUGGAGAAAACAACCAAGCCAAUGAAGCAUCGCUGGACCGUAGUGGAGAUCGGACUGUCCGUUAUCUUACUGCUGAUGAGCUGUGCAUUGGCUGGACUGGUUGUGCUUUACGCUUCAACACUCAGAGAUUAUUCGUUUAGAAAUGGUGCAUCAAAAGGUCUGGAGUAUCGCAGGAACUCAGAUGCCACCAUGUGCACAACCCCGGACUGUGUCACUGCAGCGGCAAGGUUACUGCAGAACAUGGACCAGAGCGUGGACCCGUGCCAGAACUUUUACCAGUACGCAUGCGGAGGCUGGCUGGACAGGCACGUGAUCCCUGAGACCAGCUCGCUCCACAGCGUCUUUAACAUCUUGAGGGACGAGCUGGAAAUCGUGCUCAAGGGAGUUCUGGAGACACAAAACGAACGUGACCGGGAAGCCUUCAUGAAAGCCAAAGUGCUCUACAGAUCGUGUAUGAAUGAGAGUGUGAUCGAGCAGCGCAAAUCGCAGCCCCUCCUUAAGCUCAUCGACAGUGUUGGUGACUGGCCUGUAGCCUCUGAGGACUGGAACAACACAGCAGAGGAGUCGUGGAGUCUGGAGCACAUGCUGGCGUCCCUAAACUCUCAUUACAACAAGAAGGUUUUGCUGGAAAUGUCUGUUUGGCCUGACGAUCGAGACUCGAGCCGCCACAUCAUUCACAUUGACCAGCCGUCUCUUGGAAUGCCCUCAAGAGAUUAUUACCUCAACGAUGGAAACUACAAAAAGGUGCGUGAGGCCUACCUGCAGUUCAUGGUUUCCAUGGCGAAAAUAGUACGGGAGGACAGGAACCUCACGCAGGACGAUGAGCAUGUGUGGGAGGAAAUGAUGCAAGUGAUGGAGCUGGAGCGAGACAUCGCUAAUGCGUCGUCUCCGGCUGAGGAACGCAACGACAUCACUGUGCUCUACAACAAAAUGACUCUGAGGGACGUGCAGGAGACCUUCAAGCUUGGCGGUUUUAACUGGACCCACUACAUCCAGGGAAUCGUGGCGAGCGUUAGCAUCACAGUGCAGCCUGACGAGCCGGUCGUGGUCUACUGCUCACCUUACCUCGAGAAGCUGGACAGCGUGCUGUCUAGACACAACCGCAGGACUGUGCAGAAUUAUCUGGUCUGGAUGCUAAUCAUGGAGCAAGUCAGCAGCUUGAGUAGACGCAUGAAAGACGUCCGAGCUCACUACAGAAAGACUUUACAUGGCACCACGGUGGAGGAGGCUCGCUGGAGGGAAUGUGUGCGUUACGUCCAGAACACCAUGGAGAACGCGGUCGGGGCUCUGUACAUACGCGAGACGUUUGCUGGAGAAAGCAAGCGCAUGGUCGGUCAAUUGAUCAGAAAGAUUCAGGAUUCUUAUGUGGAAACACUGGAAGAGUUGAACUGGAUGGACGACGAGUCAAAAGAGAAAGCAAGGGAGAAGGCGAUGUCUAUCUCUGAGCAAAUUGGCUAUCCAGAUUAUAUCCUUGAGGAGGAGAACGGGAAGCUGGAUCAGGAGUACAUCCACCUGAUGUUCAGCGAAGAGAACUACUUCGAGAAUGUUCUUGAAAACCUUCGAGCAGCCGCUCAGAAAACUCACAAGAAGCUUCGAGAACCUGUGGAUCCGGAACUGUGGAUCAUCGGUGCGGCUGAAGUCAACGCUUUUUACUCUCACAACAGAAAUCAGAUCGUGUUUCCUGCUGGAAUUUUACAGCCUCCUUUCUUCAGUGAGAAGCAGCUUCAGGCCUUAAACUUUGGGGGAAUUGGAAUGGUUAUAGGACACGAAAUCACUCAUGGCUUCGACGAUCAUGGUCGCAACUUUGACAAAGACGGAAACAUGUACAACUGGUGGAGCAACUUCUCCACAGAGCAGUUUGAGGAACAGUCCAAAUGCAUGGUGCAGCAGUACGGCAAAUUCAGCUGGAAGCUUGCAGGAGGACAAAAUGUGAGUGGCAUCACCACUUUGGGGGAGAACAUUGCCGAUAAUGGAGGAGUUCGGCAAGCGUAUAAGGCGUACAUGAAGUGGGUGGAGAGGGAAGGUGAGGAGCCACGUCUUCCUGGUUUGGACAUGGACCAUAAGCAGCUCUUCUUCCUCAACUUUGCCCAGGUGUGGUGUGGAGCCUGUCGCCCUGAAUAUGCCAUCCAGUCCAUCAAGACGGACCCCCACAGUCCGCUGGAGUACAGGGUUUUGGGCUCCCUGCAGAAUUUUGAAGCCUUUUCCGAGGCGUUCCAGUGCCAGAAAGGAACUCCGAUGAACCCGCAGGAGAAGUGCAGAGUGUGGUAGACUGAGUGGAUCAUACAGGCUUCAUUAUUCCCACCAAGGCGGCAAUAUAUAUACAUAUAUAUAUAUAUACAGUAUAUAUUGUGUGCCUUAACUUGUGUCUAUAGAAAGAGAUUAAUUUAUGAAAAUUAAAAAAAUUGUGAGUCAUUACAAAAGUAGUUAUGUGAGUAAGCAGAGAGUGAGUACAAUGAAGGCGGGUGGAAAAAAGACGCUUGUUAAGACGUUUGUAUAUUUCUCUGUCACGUGUUAUCAUUCUGUAAUGAGUCCAGAUUAAGAGGCAGGUAUGAUAUACACAGCUGCCACCUUUAAUAGCGGACAUAUUUCCUAAUAUUCUGACAGGUUUGUCUAUUUUUAACGUGCAUUGCCUUCUUUAAAUGUGGUGAGCAUGAGUGCUUUAGAAAGAAAGUAUUAAGCCUUUCACAAGAUCCAACAACCAGCCGAAAGCUCAAGGUUUCGAAGCCCAUGUUUUUUUUAUUUUUUUUUAGGUUAGAAUUAAAACCCAGGAAAUCUAACAUCUGUCUUUUAACAGCCUUAAAAAAAGGUCACAGUGGAGCCAAAAAAAUAAAUAAGACAAAGGAAUAAAAACUUAUAUUUAUGUCAGGACAAAAAUACAUGGCUUCCAGAUUAAGGUUUAAAGCUGUAAAUGUGAGCUAUAGCACCUCCAUCAGGUCAAACGAUUACCUGAAGACUUUAAGACUGUUAAACGUAUGAGCCUUAAAUUAUCACGUUUCACAAAUCGGUUGGAAAUAAUUUCUAAAAAAAAAAAAAAAACAUAUUGUAGUCCAACUUUAUGCUUAUAUCACCAAAAUAAGAUUUUAGAUGGUUAAAUCUUCUUAUUUAUCGACAUUCUUCUAUAUUAUGAGAGGAAAACAUGCUAGCUACAGAGCAUGCAUGCUAAGCUAAUACUAAUGUGUCGCUAAUGUGAAAAUCAUACUUGUGGUUGUUAGAGAAGUUUUUCUAAUGAGGAAAAAAAUUAACUUUGGAUAAGAUCACGAGUCAAGAUUUGAUUGUAAAAUCCUAUUACGCUUGUAUUUCCCUUUGACAAAUGUGAGCUAGUUCGCUAGCGUAAAUCGAUUAGCUAUAUCACUAACUUAAUAUUAGAAACAGUGAUAAAUAUUAUUAGUCAUAAUGCUAUUAUAAAAAUGUGGUUGUUGUAGUAUGCUUGAUGUUUGGCUGCUGGUAAACAAAUCACUUUUGGAUAUGAAAAUGUAAAUCGUACCUCAGAUAAUUAAAUCCGACUUGUCUGUACCCGUGACAAAUUAAGGCUAGGUUUCUAGCGGUAACCAGCCACUAACUAGCGGUUUGUACUGACAAGAAAACUAAUAGAUGUCAUUCGUUACCUAUUAUAGAUAUUCAUAGAUCCUGGCAGUGUUUAUUAACAGUGUUAUUAAGUCUUAAACAUAAUUUAUUACAUUACAAAAAUUAUUUUAAAUAUUUUAAAGGAAAAUAAGGAAAUAAGCAGGUUUAAAUAUGCAUGUGUAUCGUCUAUAAAAUUAGAUUUUACUAUGAUAACCGAUAAUGUUUGAAUAUUAAACUAAAUUAAAUAAAUUAAUUUAACAAUACAGAAAUUAAUAAUAGGUAACAGGUUUUUUUCUUACUAGCUGUGGCAGAAUGCUGGGAAAGUGGCUGUUACAGGAAGAAAUGAAUGGAAAAUCUUUUGUAAACUAGAAAAUCCUGAAAACUUAAAAAAAGUGCUUUGUCAUGUCUUUGCUAUUAUAUUUUAUAUUGGCUCAUGACUUUUAAAUUUGAAUGCUUAUCUAAAUUAGAGCAUCGGUAUUCACAGAGGAAGGAAAACGAUCCGAUAACCACAAGUUUUCUUGGUUAUUCUGUCAGUAUAAUGAGAAUAUUUUCCCUUAAUGAUCUAUAUGAUAUUUUUAGACACACAUUUUGAUCACAAGAGGUUGUGAUCUAUUUCCCCGCACACCAGGUCAACCACAAAGCUGUUUAAUUGACAUUUGGCUGACCUCUUUAUCAGGAUCGGAUUCCACAGCCGUCUGCUUUCGGCAUCGCUAAAUCAGGCACAUUUAGUUUACUGCAUCUCAUGCAUGAGGAGUAUGAGAAGGGGAAUGACGUUCAAUGGCUGUGAGGAGGACAGAGUGAAGGUUGAGUGAAGCCUCGCCAUCUCUUAAAUUGAUCCGUUGUGGGGUGCGGUGGGCUGAAGCGUAGCAGACGAAGGCCACUCGGCCGGAAUGGUGUCCUCAUUAGAGAAGUGUUCAGGGCCAGAGACUGUUCUCUUUCACCUUGAUUAACCGGUAAUGACAGCAGAACUAAACAAGAUGGACAGAAGGGAAAAAAAUAACCUGGAGAGCAUCAGAAUAAAGAUCAAACGGUGCAGGGACACGGACAGCUUCUGGAGAACACGCUCCGAAAGCUCGGACCGGUCAAUAAGCAAGGAGCAGAUAAACACAAAUUUGGUUGCCAUGGGCCAUUAAUUUCUGACUGUUAUCUCUCAUCACAGAGACUCUGAUUAACAGAAUAUUCACUUCUGCCUUUGAAGCUUGAUUGCUAGCCAAGUUCUACAGGACCAUUACGGCUUGUACUGUUCGGAGGAGACGGCUGGGUUACGAGGAUUCAGACCCAAUAAAAAGUAAAGCGUCGGGUUCUUUAAAAAUCUCAGCUUAAAAAAAGGUCACAAACAUAAUAGCUGAUUUAGUUGAAUAAGAAAAAAAA